UAGUUAGUUGUGGUUUCCAGCCGUCGGUCGCUCUUGGACAACCAAAAAGCUCCCAUAGAUCUCAUAAAAUCAAUUUUCCUUCAACCGGGCCUGCAUACGAAACAACCCAAACAACCCAACAAACCAUUCAUCCUGAGCUCGACCAACAGUCAAUUUUCUCUUUUUGUUCUACCACAUAACAUAAACUACUUACUUAACUUUCACCAUGAAUAUUUCUUUUGACGGCACCAUCAGCAACACGCUCCCCAACGACGAGAGCACCUUUUUCAAGCGCAGUCGCUGCGAACUGGGCUUGGUCCAAGACACGAACAAACGCGUCCGACGAGCUCCUUCUCCGACUCCCGUUGACGGCGCCAUGCAAAACAUGCUCGAUGACUCGGCCGCUACUUUGGAUGAGUUGGCCGAUACCCUUCGCGAAGUCAAUCAACGCUUGGAUCAAAGUUUGCGAUUGAGUGAUUCGAGCAUGCUGGACUUUAGCAGCAGCAAUUUUGCCCGACGCGGUGUGACGGGAAUGAAUCACAGUCAUUCUCGACUCCAUUUCAGUUCGUCCAGUCUGCAAAUGCCACUUCACGAAGCCGCCCCAACCAACAGUGCCCCCUUGUUGGCCACCCGCGGUCCUCCUCCCCUUGUCAACUUUCGACGCAUCCCACGCGGUUCUGCCGAUGAUCGAUUGUAAACUACUUGCUGUCAAAGAGGGGUGUGAGUGAGUCAUUCAAAAUGGGAUUGAAUGCCAACACACACAACACAAUAGAGCACGCGCAAAACGAAAAAACAACACUGUUGCAUUUCUUCCACACACACAUGAAAUUACUAAAUACAAGAAAUAUUAGACAAACAAAUCAUUUACUUC